AUGGCUGUGCUACUCACCAAUGCCAUCUUUACGGCGGACCCCUCGGCCCAUGUUUUCAACAACAGAGUCUACGUCUACCCUUCUCACGAUCGCAAUAGCACUGUACCGGUUUCCAAUGACGGCAGCGAUAAAUAUGACAUGGUUGAUUACCAUAUCUUCAGUACCUCGUCACUCAACCCCUAUGACCCCGCCACCGAUCAUGGUGUUGCCCUGAGCGUCCCGGACAUCCCGUGGGUCUCUAAGCAGCUUUGGGCCCCUGAUGCCGCAUUCCAAAACAACAAGUACUACCUUUAUUUCCCUGCCCGUAAUAAAGAGAAUCUCUUUCAGAUCGGGGUUGCCGUUUCCGAAAAGCCAGAAGGUCCCUUUACGCCGGACCCAGAGCCGAUCCCCGGCAGCUUUAGUAUCGACCCCGCGGUCUUCUUCGACAAUGACGGCCAAGGGUACAUGUACUUUGGGGGUCUAUGGGGCGGUCAACUGCAGUGCUACCAGAAGGACAACAAAUACGACGCUUCGUGGGCAGGCAAUCUGGCUCCAAACGGCACCGGUGUCUACGCUCUCGGCCCGCGUGUCGCCAAGAUCAAUAGUAACGACAUGCACCACUUCGAUGGCGAGCCUCAAGAGCUUCAGAUCCUCGAUCCGGAGACCAAAAAGCCUCUCUUGGCUGACGACCAGGACCGCCGUUUCUUUGAGGCUCCCUGGAUGCAUAAGAAGGGCGACACCUACUACUUUUCCUACUCAACUGGAACUACCCACUACCUCGUCUAUGCCACUAGCAAAAGCCCGCUUGGCCCUUUUACGUAUGCUGGACGCAUCCUGGAGCCGGUUGUCGGAUGGACGACACACCAUUCCAUUCUCGAGUACAAGGACCAGUGGUGGCUCUUCUUCCACGACGCCUCGUUAAGUAACGGGACCGAUUACCUGAGAAAUGUUAGAUUCGAGCCGAUAUUCUAUGACAAGGAUGGUAAGCUCACAAUCGUCAAGCCACAAGCAAAAUAG